UGCCCGCCCGGAGCCAUGGAAGGGGACUGGCUGCGGCUCAACCGCUCCGCCAGCCCGCGGGCGGCGGCCCACACCGGUGCGGCGGCCGGGGAGCACGGCACGCCCGUCUCUGCCGACACUGCCGCGCUGCUGGCGGCGCUGAUGGGGCUGCUGGUACUGGCAACGGUGUUGGGUAAUGCCCUGGUCAUUCUGGCAUUCGUGGCGGACCGGAGCCUCCGCACGCAAGGCCAUUUCUUCUUCCUCAACCUGGCGAUCGCCGACCUUCUGGUGGGCAGCUUCUGCAUCCCCCUCUACAUCCCCUACGUGCUGACAGGCAAGUGGAGGCUCAGCAGGGGCUUGUGUAAGCUGUGGCUGGUGGUAGACUACCUGGUGUGCACCGCCUCUGUCUUCAACAUCGUCCUCAUCAGCUUCGACAGAUUCAUCUGUGUCACCAAAGCGGUCAGUUACAGAGCUCAGAAAGGGAUCACCAGAAAUGCAAUACUGAAGAUGAUCACUGUAUGGAUUGCUGCUUUUCUUCUCUAUGGUCCAGCCAUUCUCAGUUGGGAGCACAUUGCCCAGAAAAGCAUCCUCCCUGAAGGGGAAUGUCAUGCAGAAUUCUUCUACAACUGGCACUUCCUCAUGAUUGCCUCUACUAUUGAAUUCUUCACACCUUUCAUCACUGUUACAUACUUGAACUUAAGUAUUUACCUCAACAUCAGGAAACGCACAUCCCUCAGAAGUCAAAGCCAAUCAUCACCUGGUCAAGAGGACUGCGAAGUAAGUUUCCAGGAGGAAAAAAGGAAACAUGCUGUAUUUUUCAUAAAACCUGCUAAGAGACACAAACAUGAGACGAGAGCAAGCAGCCUUUCUCCCUCAAAAAAGGCUUCAAGGCUCAGCCUAUGUAAAUUUGGCAACCAUUCAAAUCUGAAUGUGAAUCAAGACCUUCCACCACUUCAGGUGGAAAUGGAGACCAAGCCUCACAGGAAUGGUUUCUACAAAACUACAGAGACCAUUUGCAGCAUCACCAAUAGAGCAGACAUCGCUAACAGAAUGGCAAAUAGAUAUAGACUUUCCAGAGACAGAAGAGUAGCAAAGUCUUUAGCAAUUAUUGUCUGUGUGUUCGGUUUGUGCUGGGCUCCAUAUACGCUUUUGACAAUCAUCAGAGCCGCCUGCCAUGGGCACUGUGUGCAGCAUUCACUCUAUGAGACUUCAUUUUGGCUUCUGUGGGUGAAUUCAGCCCUUAACCCUGUUCUAUAUCCACUGUGCCACAUGAGCUUUAGAAAAGCCUUUAUAAAACUCCUGUGUCCAGGAAAAGCCAAAAUUCACCCUAAUAUUUUCCAGUAAUAAGGAGCAUGAAGGCAAUUAGUACAUCUUGCUUCCAGAAGAAACAAACUGGCUAAUACUCACCUGCAAGUAUCAAGUGCAAUGUGCACUGAGUAGUUUAUGGAAUGCUGGUAAAGAGAUACAAGUGUAGGUAUUUAUGAAUGUAUGGAAGUACAGUCAUCCAUGUAGCUGGAGAACCCACAGCAAUGAGGAGAAAGGUCUCAAAGGGUGUAGGGAAAUUUUGCCAAGAGUAUUUUCUGGUAAUGGUGCACUAGUGUUAAAAGUGCUGAUAAGGGAAUAUAGCAUUCAUGGCCAGUAAUUAGAGUUCAGGUUGUCUCACCUUUAAUGACUUUAAAUAAUGCUGAUAAGGAAUUUAAUGACAUUGUAACGGUUCUAUUUUAACCCCAAACCCACUUUUAGGACAUCAGUAGUCCCUACUGUUAAGUGUAGUAUUCUUUCCAUCCACCCACCCAGUAGCAAGCUGGACAAGAUCAUGACUAGCAAAAAGCAGUAACUACUGCUAUCCAGUAACAGCAUGGCACAAAAGGCAACAGAACAGUCAGGAUGCCAGAGAAACAAAGAAUUGUAGCAGGUAAGGGACCACUAAUUUGCAUGGGAAAGGUAUUUAAGAAACAAGUGAAGUUUAGAGGAAUUAAGCUCAAACCCAGAAAAGGCUUUUGAGAGCUUUGUUGUAAGACAGAGGUGAGAAUUCAUACACUUGAAGGUUUCACCAUGAGUUUCCACCCUCAGCUGUGUCUUCCUGCCUCUUGCCAAGAGACUGCAGGGGAAAUAACUGUCAUGAGUCAAACCCUUGCUCACAGGAUUGACAGAUAUUACUCCAUCUUUAGCUCUAAUUCUGUUUCCUCUGUAGUUUGUUUGUAAAACUGACAAUGGGUCUUGCUACAGACAAGCUUUAGAUAAACUUCACUUAGAGCAAUUUUAAAAACAUUCCCAGUUAGACUAAUUCCUGACAAAACUAGUAAAAGAGAAGGGUUUGGGCAUUUUUACCUAUGACACUCACUGAUCUAUCCAUCCAUCAAGUCAACAGUGGUCAACUGAAAAAAAAAAUUACUUCAUAGUUUCAGACAUAUAAGUUAUGCAUCAUAAAUAAUAUGACUCAAAGUCUUAAAAUUUGCUACCUUACUAUUGAUUACGAGUAUGAAAACACAACUAUAUACAGUCUUUGCCACUCUGCUUCUGCCACAAGGGAAGCUUGCACACCUCACCAAAACACAGGAUCUAGAUUUAUCCCACAGGAGGUAUUGAUUUGAACAUCACUAGUGCUACAAAUUUGUUUCCAUCAAGCAUUUUCUACAUUGCUUAACAAUGCUUUCCUUUUCUGACAGCAGUGAUAGUUACUGAACAGCUGUAGUUCUUCACUCCACAGCCAAGUGCAUGUUAGUACAAUUGAUCUUGAAAGUUUGCAGAUAGUUCUUUGAUUUUUUUUAAUUUGUAAAAUUUCAAUUAAAAUAAUUAAAAAUUGUAGGCAAGUCUUAUCUUCAUAGCCUUAAAGGGUACACAGAAAAAAGCACUAACCUGCCCCAUCGGCUCACUGCAGCAGACGACGCCAAACUACUACUCAACGACGUUUCUUAAAUUACAAGGACUGACCAUAAGGAGUAAGUAAACAGUUAGCAAAUACUGUAAACUAAGAGGGCAUAUUCCUACCAUAUGAAUGCAUCUACACAAGCACAAUCAUCUUUUCUGCUACAGAUAUUUUCUAACAGAACAAUCAGCUUAAUGGUUCUCUUCAGAGCAAAAGCAUAAAUGGAUACAAAGCAAUAUUAAAGAGUUUUGAAAGCCAUUAAUUAUACCACUGUGCAAGUAAAGCCAUUACAUUAUAUCCCUAUUCCUCCUCCAUUCCAGGCCAGACUUACGCAUCAAUAUAUCAAUAUCUUGUUCCCUAGGAUCACAUUUUCCUUUUUCAGAAAACAGCACUGAAUUACUGAACAUUGCCACAAAGGUCUCAUUCACUAUCCAGUCAAGGCAGGAAGAUUUUCACUGCAGUGGGUGACUCAAAGAGUAAGGAAGUUGGUUAGCUUUAGAAUAUUUGAGUAAAACAGACAUUUCAAAGCUUUCAGCAGCUAGCAUUAACCUACAGACUAGAGCAGUCUUCAAAAGAGCUGACACUGGCAAUUGUUCUACUGUUCACUUUCCUACAGCUUUGUCAUUUAAUUGCUACUUGUCUGUCUCCCACAGACCUACAAUCCAGUAGGAUCCUCCACAGCUCUCAGGACGUGUCAUAAAAGCAUUCUGAAAUGUGAACAUGCAUCAUUUAAAAAAAUACUACUUUGAAUGAGACUUUAUUACUUUAGAAACAUUCUCAGCCUCCCAGCUCAUCCAGGUUAACUGUGCCUCGUAUUUCAAGUCCCU